AUGGAGGUAAACAGGUCAGACACAAUUCAAGCCAUCAAAACCAAGGUUUAUGCAAGAGAGGGAAUGCCCGCGAACAAUCAAGAGCUAUUUUUUGAAGGCAAUCACCUAAGUGACGCAUCGAAGACACUAGCUGACUACAACAUCUCCCAAAAUUCCAUGAUCAACCUUUUGUUUGGAGGCACUAUUCAAAUAUUUGUAAAGAUCCUUUCAACUGGGAAAACUUUGAAGCUCGUGGUGAACGACAAAGAUACCAUCCAAAAUGUGAAGGCUAGGAUUGAAGCUAUGGAGGGAAUUUGUCAGAAUCGUCAAGGACUCAUCUACAUGGGAAAAUCUCUUGAAGAUAACCAUUCAUUACUUGCUUGCAAUAUACAAAAUGGUUCAACCCUCCAGAUGAUUCUAUGUCCAGUGGAUAAGUUUGAUAUCUUGAUCUGCACAAUGAAUGGGUAUCUUAUAAAACUUGAAGCAAGAUCUUGGUAUACUAUCCGAGAUAUCAAGCUGAUAGUUGAGGGUAUGAAGGAUAUUGAUGCAACCAAACAAAGGCUUUUUUGUGAUGUCACAGAGCUGGAGGACAGCCUCAUGCUUUCCGAAUGCAGAAUAUUCGAUCGGACAAUUCUUCACUUGCAAGUUGACAUGUAG